AUGGACGGGAAGCGAUGGAUCAGUACCAGCACCAGCACCAGCACCGACUCGACUCCUCCUGAGUUCGCGGGGAAAAACGCCUACGACCUCCUAGGGGUGUCCGAGACCAGCUCAUUCGCCGAGAUCAAGGCUUCUUUUCGUAAAUUGGCCAAAGAAACCCACCCCGACCUCGCUCAAUCGCCCAAUGAUUCCUCUACUUCCAAUCAGUUCAUUCAAAUUCUCGCAGCUUACGAGAUAUUAUCAGAUUCUGAGAAGAGGGCGCUUUAUGAUCGUUAUCUUUUGUCUCAAAGAACACUUGUUCAAAGACAUUCCAGACAAGGUACACUAGUGUACAAAUAUGAAUUUCAUAGAGCAACAGUGAAGCAGAUGGAAGUUGUUGAGUGGUUGAGAUGGUAUAGAUGUGCCAUAAAUGACAUUUUGACAGAGAAAAGGGUGGUAAUUGGCUCAGGCUAUUUUGAUGUACUGGAAAGGGAUUUCUAUUCAGCCAUACAUGCUGCGUACUAUGGCCCUGAGAUUGAGUCCUUAGAUCUUCUUCCCGACCGUUUUGAAGCUGAGGAGAGGUCUAUAUCUGAAACUCCUGAGGUGCUGCAUUUGGUUUCAGGUCGAGACCUUUUUGGAAUGGUAUGCAUAGCAGCCAAGGUUCCUGAAUUAUCACAUGUAUUUAAGGGAAAACUUGUGUCUUUUACAUCUGUGGGUUCAGACUCGUACCAUUCUGUUGAUAAUGAGGACACUCGAAUGAACUCUGGCAUAGCUGAUGUUGAAACAAGUCAGAUGCAAUCCAAAGGUAUUGAUCAUCAGGCAUCUGAUGCAUAUAAAGAUCUACAAUUGCAGAUAGCAGGGCAGGUUGUUGCUACAGCCAUUAGAGUCCCGCCUAGGAGUUAUUGUGAUGGGUUACAGAGAGAAGAUUCUCACGAUCACAUACAUGUGUAUCUCAGCUCAAAUGCAGUGUCUGUGAGUCAGGGGUCUCUAAGAGAUUCCUUUGUGGGUGAUGCAGUUGGAUCUUGGAUCCCACUAGGAGCAAUAACUGGAUUAGGGACAAGCCCUGACGAAGGAUCUUGCUUUGUCUACAAUAAGGGGUGUUAA